GCUAUCAGAAUCAGUAGUGACUCUGCUGAAUCUGGAGUAGAGAGGGAGAAUAACAGUGUGGAGUUCAUUCAGCUGAACGUCGUGAAUCAUGCGGCAGCUUGUAAGUUUGUUUUGCAGUGCUUUCACCAUUGCCUGUUUGCUGCCGGUUUUCGUGUCCGCUCUUCCGCGCAGUGUUAGGCUGAUGCCAGAAUGGCAGCAGCCGUCUUCCUUGCCUCAGAAAGGCCUCGCGCCCUCCCCGUUGAACCCUACACCUGCUCCUAGUCGGCCCCAGGCCAAGGGCGAGAGCGACGAACGCCGACCGGAUAUAGCCAGGAUAAAGGUAAUCUGCCACUCGGACUACAUGGAGAUCCAGAUGGACGCUGAUCUGCUGGGCAUGGGCAUCCUGGUUGAUGUGGAGGACAUCCGGCUGGGCCGUAGUGACCAAACCGGUGAGUCAUGCAGGGCCUUUCCCACCGAGCACGAGAAGUACAGUAUCGCUGCUGCGCUGACUGACUGUGGUACGGAGCAUGUGAUCACCAAAGACCAUCUGCUCUACACCAACACCCUGGAGUACUCUCCUGGCCCCUCCUCGGACGGCUUGAUCCGAACUCAACCGGCGUCCUUUCCCAUUGUGUGCUACUAUAAAAGGAAGUUUGACCUGAGCAGCAUCCGUGUGAUGCCCACGUGGCUCCCCUUCAUGUCCACGCGUGCUGACGAGGGCCAGCUGGCGUUCUCUCUCCACCUCAUGACUGAUGACUGGGUGUCCCAAAGGGCUACUACCACAUACUACUUGGAUGAAAUCCUCAACAUCGAGGCCUCGGUCGAGCAGUUCAACCAUGACCCCAUGUGGGUUUUUGUUGACCACUGUGUCGCCACGGUGACCCCUGAUGUUGAGUCUGUGCCCCGAUAUGACUUCGUUGAGCAGGGUUGCCUGAUGGACAGCUUCCUGACUGGCUCUAGCGCUCGGUUCCUGCCCCGUCUUCAGCACAACAAGCUCCAGUUCCAGCUGGAGUCCUUCCGGUUCCACCAGGAGGAACGGACUGAGAUGUACAUCUCGUGUUUGUUGAGGGUCGAGACAGGCACUGCGCCGGACGGCAUGCGCCGCGCCUGCUCCUUCAUAGACAACAGCUGGCAGUCUGCUGACAAUGAGGACUGGCUCUGUGACCGCUGUGUGUCUCCUGCAUCCAAUCAGAAGAGCUCCAUGCUGGCCUCCCAGAGUUCUACUGGUAGCGGUGGCACUGGUGGCAGCAGCGCUAUGGUACACCCCGGGCCCAGGUCGGCACUCAGUAGUCUGGACUCCACCAGAGGUACCGGAGGUUGGGAGAAACAAGAGCGUGUGGGUCCAAUCUCUGUGUUGAAAAAGGCCAAAAGACCACUGGCACCACCAGAAGCAAUGCAUGGCCUCUCAGAACCCAUGCCAGAAACUAACAUGGCCACGUCUGUCGACAUGGGACCAAGAAGUUAUUCUCCCCGCAAUGAUGGUGUCCCCUGGGAGCUUGACAAGCCAGCAUCUCUUUGGUUCUCAGUUAAUAAGAAUGUAGCAGUUAUCCAAAGUCCAGAUGGCAAUGUCAACCAGUUCUUUGACCUGUGGAAAAAGCAAGCAUCCCAAAAAGACUGGACCGAAUUAAUGCAGCUUUUGCUGAAGGCGUCUUCACCUGCCGUCACCAGUGCAGAGACCACUGCAGAGGCCCUGGUGCCCAGCGAGGCAAUGCCCCUGCCGAAGGCGUCUUCACCUGCCGUCACCAGUGCAGAGACCACCACAGAGGCCCUGGUGCCCAGCGAGGGAAUGACCCUGCCGAAGGCGUCUUCGCCUGCUGUCACCAGUGCAGAGACCACCACAGAGGCCCUGGUGCCCAGCGAGGGAAUGACCCUGCCCCUGCCUGCAGAGGAGGAAUCCACUGCUGCUCCUGCUCUUCUGCCACUCACCCCGGGAUACAAAAUGGCUGACCUAAAGCUUGACGUUGAUGUUGCCAUGGAAAUGCAUCCGUCCUCCCCAGCUCCACUCAAAGAGGAUGUGGUGAUGUCAGACAACAAAGAUGAGGACUUCAGUUGAAGAGGUCUUGCAAGCUUCCAUGGUUUGAGAAAUAAAUGUUCCAAACUGA